CCCAGCCAUGAUCAAGGCGAUCCUCAUCUUCAACAACCACGGGAAGCUGCGGCUCUCCAAGUUCUACCAGCCCUACAGUGAAGAUACACAACAGCAAAUCAUCCGGGAGACUUUCCAUUUGGUAUCUAAGAGAGAUGAAAAUGUUUGUAAUUUCCUAGAAGGAGGAUUAUUAAUUGGAGGAUCUGACAACAAACUGAUUUAUAGACAUUAUGCGACCCUAUAUUUUGUCUUCUGUAUGGAUUCUUCAGAAAGUGAACUCGGCAUUUUAGAUCUAAUUCAAGUAUUCGUGGAAACCUUAGACAAAUGUUUUGAAAAUGUGUGUGAACUGGAUUUAAUUUUCCAUGUAGACAAGGUUCACAAUAUUCUUGCAGAAAUGGUGAUGGGGGGAAUGGUAUUGGAGACCAACAUGAAUGAGAUUGUUACACAAACUGAUGCACAAAAUAAACUGGAGAAAUCUGAGGCUGGCUUAGCAGGAGCUCCAGCCCAUGCUGUAUCAGCUGUAAAGAAUAUGAAUCUUCCUGAGAUCCCAAGAAAUAUUAACAUUGGUGACAUCAGUAUAAAAGUGCCAAACCUGCCCUCUUUUAAAUAAAAUAUUAAAAAGGCUACUCCCAGGUAAAAUCCAGGGGGAAAAGUCAUCUAAGUUUACCAUGCAGUUGUUUACCAAAAAUAGAGGAGGAGAGUUUUAACUUUUGCUCUUGGAUUUAAGUCAAGGUACUGUAUAGAAAUUGUGUAAAAUCAGUAUGGAAGUUCAAUGUUGCUUUUCUUGCUCAGUGUUUAAAAGAAAUUGAGUAG